UUGUCUUCCUUUUGUUGUACCAUCCCAUCUUGUUUCUGUUUCUCUGGUCAUAUUACCAGACUAUUUUUGCCAACAUACGAGGACCUCCAAAAGAGUUUUUCCUGAACCAGUCAGAAUGGCAGCGGUUAGAAUCAGAAACAAAUGAAAAUAUUCAGAAAGAGCAGUUGAACCAUUUUGCCAGAAAGCUUCCAAUUCAGAAUAGAACUGUUGCAGGAUUUCCACGUUACUGUGAAAAGUGUAAGUGUAUCAAGCCAGACAGAUGUCACCAUUGCUCUGUUUGCUCCAUGUGUGUUCUCAAAAUGGACCAUCAUUGUCCAUGUGUUUGUGUGUGUGUGUGCAUGUGGUGCCACUUUAGAAAAUACGUAAUUUUUUUGUCAUAUAUACAUAAAUAUAACUUUUUCAUUUUUUGUGACACUUUUGAUUAUGUUUAUCAUAUAUUUGUGUGUGACGGCAGUAAUCGAAGCAUUGGUCGCUUCCACAUCCUGUUCCUGUUUUUUGUUGCUAUUAUGUUUGCAAUUAGCCUGGUGUCACUGUUUGGUUACCACCUCUUUCUCACCGCUCGAAAUAGAUCCACAUUAGAGUCAUUCCGGGGUCCAGUUUUUCAGGCAGGACCUGACAAAGAUGGCUUCAGCUUAGGAACCAGAUCAAAUUUUUCUGAAGUCUUUGGGGAUCGCAAAUCCUAUUGGUUUCUACCAAUUUUUUCCAGCCUUGGCAAUGGGAUCUCAUUUGCAUCCCGUCUGCAUCCAACAAUCAGCUAUAAUACUAUGGGAACAACACCAAGAACAGAACAAACAUCACUAGGCAGUGACUUCACAUACACAACCUUGACUGGCAACCUGGAUUCUGUUGAUCUGCUUGGCCAGAGGCAGAGAAUCAUGGAGGAAGGAGAAAAUGGUAAAACUC